AAGAAGACUGAAAAAGAAAAAGGAAAACGAAGAAGAAAUUAAGCACGUUGUCUUCCGCCUUUGGUAAACCGGUCAUUUACGCAGCUACUAUCCGGUGUUUUUAUUUUAAUUCUUGCGUGCUAAAUUGCUGUCUUACAAAAACACACUACGUGCAUGUCAUUUGUGACAAUUUUUAUUCUCCAGCCACACCGUCUCUAAAGGUUUAGUUGGAAGAUAUGGCAGAGAAGGUCCCUGCUAUUGCCCUUGAGGCUGUACUUAAAACCAGCAGUGAUUUACCAGAGGAUUUACCGAAGGUCAGAGGUUAUGACUUUAACCAGGGGGUGGAUCUCCAUGCAGUGCUGAAGUCCUACGUAACCACAGGCUUCCAGGCCAGUAACCUCGGCUUGGCCAUCCAGGAAAUCAACCACAUGAUCGAAAAACGUCUCGAGACAGUUGAAGCAGAAGAAAACAAGUCUGGUGACUCGGCAUCCCGCCAAGGCUGCACCAUCUUUCUUGGCUACACUUCAAACCUCAUCAGCUCUGGAGUGAGAGAGAGCAUCCGAUACCUCGUAGAACACAAAAUGGUGGAUGUGGUUGUGACCUCAGCAGGAGGCAUAGAGGAGGACUUGAUCAAGUGUCUUGCUAACACGUACCUUGGAGACUUUAACUUACUGGGCAAGGAGCUUCGUCUGAGAGGAAUCAACAGGAUCGGGAACCUACUAGUGCCCAAUGAAAACUACUGUAAGUUUGAAGACUGGCUCAUUCCCAUCUUGGACAAGAUGUUGCUGGAGCAGAACACAGAGGGUACCCGCUGGACUCCUUCCAAAAUGAUCCACAGGCUUGGCAAGGAGAUCAAUAAUCCUGACUCUGUCUACUACUGGGCGUACAAGAAUAAUAUUCCAGUAUUCAGUCCUGCAUUGACAGACGGCUCUCUCGGCGACAUGCUUUACUUUCACUCCUACAAGAAUCCUGGCCUUAUACUGGAUAUUGUGGAAGAUAUACGCAGGUUGAACAGUCAUGCAGUGUACGCCAAGAAAACAGGAAUGAUCAUCCUUGGAGGCGGGCUCGUCAAGCAUCAUAUUGCCAACGCCAACCUCAUGAGAAAUGGUGCAGAUUACUCCGUGUACGUGAACACCGGACAAGAGUUUGACGGCUCCGACUCUGGUGCCAGACCUGAUGAGGCUGUGUCUUGGGGCAAGAUCAGAACCGAUGCCAAACCUGUAAAGGUAUAUGCUGAUGCCUCCUUGGUCUUCCCUCUGAUUGUAGCCGAGACCUUCGCUCUCCAAGCUGACAGGCUGACUGCAGGCAAGAAAACUGAAUGAAUGCUAUGGAGCUCUUUGUCCCAUUACAGUGAAACACUUUUUCCGGGGGGAAAAAGCGCCGCUUCAUGGCGGGUAACCUUGUAAAGCACCGCAGCAUUCCUGUCCAAUCACUGCUGCCAUGGAAAUGAGGAAACGAGACCGCAUGGUCUCUCUCUUAGCUUUCUCCAACAAUAUUUACUUGUUAGGACAAGUUGUAUUACGCUCAUUCAGAUUGCCGAAAUAUCACAGUUGCAUGCCUCAGCAUGUACCAAAGAAACUGUCGGUUGGACCUUUAGCAGAUGCCACUGAAUAUGAGCCCGUGAGGCCAAAACUGGGUUUAUUUUACUUUAGAAUUGUAUGAUUGAAUUGAAAAAUGAAUCAUGUGGAUGCUUUUCUCGAUGAUGUAAAACCACCACAACACAAUCCUAGAUUGCAAAAUAAUGCAAUUUUUUUAUGGUUGAAAGGAAUAUAAGUCCAAUUCAGUAGCCCGUUGAUGUGCAUGCAGUGCUUUUAUUUCACCUCUUUGCACAUUUAUUUGUACGAUGUAAAUCCAAAUUGACAUCUGCAACGAUGUUAGGUUUUUAUAGCUGUUUUUGUUAUCACUGAACAAAUUACUUCAGUAAUAUUUGUACUUUCACCAUUACAAUUAGUUCAGCAAUUUUUGUACUGUAAUCAUACCAAGAACUGGUUACUUUUUUCUUUUUUUGUUUUGUUUUGCAUUCCACAAUUAGGAGUAAGGCAUAAAGAUAUACUUAUAACAUAACAUUUCCUUUAUUUCUCAUUCAGUGAAUAAUGGGUGAAUAUUUAUGACAAAAUUAUGAAGUGUACAAUAUAGUGCUUAUACGUAUUAGGCUUGGUCAGCCUUUGUGGAAUCCUGUACUUGCUCUAGCCUGCUUUAUGAUUAUUGGAUUUUUUUUUUUCGCCCUCAAGUGGCACAGUUCGCAAUGUGCGUCAUGAAAGCAUAAAUAGGAAAAAAAUAGGAAUAUCGACCUGCAGUGUAAAUCCAGGCAUAAAUUGUCAGGUUAAUCAUUCAGCUGUUUUAUCACACUUUUGAAAUACUUCCCAGAAAUACAGUUCCCUCCCUGAACUGUUGAUUGGUAUUUAGAUAUU